GACAUACUCUCCUUGAGGGAAGACCUUGUUGGCGAGCACAAAUACGCCUGCUUGAGCCACUGCUGGGGAGCUGGCGGCCUCGCCUACAAACUAUUGAAAGCGAACAAGUAUAACUUUUGUCAGGGAUUCAGUAGGCAACACUUGCCAAAGACAUUUCGAGACGCUGUAGAGAUAUGUGAAUUUCUCGGAAUUCGAUUUCUAUGGAUUGAUGCAUUAUGCAUUGUUCAAGACGACAUCAAAGACUGGAACAAGGCUGCGGCUGCUAUGGCAGAGAUUUACCGUCACUCAUAUAUCACAAUCGCUGCAAGUGCGGCUCAAAACAGCCACGAGGGCUGUUUCUGGAUCGACUCCAAGACAACUUUCGCUAGACCACUUCGUCGUACGCCAGCUCUGACGAUCUAUGAUUGGUGGUGGGGUAACCCCAACAUCCUGCAUCUAGUUUUGGAACUAAGUCCUUUGCUUCGGCGUGCUUGGGUCUAUCAGGAAAAAAGAAUGUCUCGACGGAUGGUGCAUUUUACAAGUGAGCAGCUCAUGUGGGAGUGUCAGCACUACAUUACAUGGGAAAACGGUGUUACUAAAGAGAAGCGGCAGACGCAUGGGACAGUUCAAUUGCCCGAUGCAAUCUUGCCAACGUCACGUAUUCGUGCCUGGCAAGAAACGGUAGAAGAAUACUCAGGCUUGGAGCUGACUUUCGAGGAUGACAGGCUACCAGCUAUCGCAGCGUUGGCAAAACAAGAGAUGGAGCGACGACCUGACGACACGUAUCUCACUGGAAUGUGGAAAGACACGCUAAUUGAAGACCUUGUGUGGUACCGAUUCGACAGAACUCUCAUCGCAGACAGCGGGCAACGACCAACACAGCCUCGGCCAUCGUGGUCCUGGCCUUCAGUGAAAGGAAAAGUGAUCUUUCGAACCCAUCAUCCUUUGCCAAGUGCGAAAAUUGUGGACUUAUCAUUUACGCCUGACGGACCACCACAGCUGGGAGGAUAUAGUGAAGCCAGCAUCAUCUUGAGGGGCCCCUCG